AUUUAAUCCUAUCGAUUCUCGUCGAUUCUUCUCAUUCCUUCCUCAUUCAGUACUCAAAUCUCUCUAUAUUUUCAAAAUCAUUUAUUAGUCCUAUUAAAACUCUUCCAACCUAACCUCUAUUACUUUAUCCUCUUAUAUACAUCGAAGCUUACUUCGUUUCCUUCCAAAUCUUGGUUCUAUCCAUCCUCAACCAAGAAAUCCUUUUUCAUUUCAAAGAUGUCUUCAACCGAAGCUGCCACCGCUGCUCCUGCUCCUGUCAACGCUCCCGAGACGGUCGAAACCACUUCUACUCCUAACAAGUUCGACAAUGUUGGCAAAACCGUUGGAGGAAAGGUCAAAGGCCUCUUUAAGGUCAUUAACACCGCUGGUGAACAGCUCCGAGGAAACAUCAACGCUGCCUUAGAUGGUACCGGUGAUGCGAUCGCCGGCCGAAAAUCCGGCGAGGUCACAAGCAAAGGAGUUAACCCUACUGCCCCAGCUGCUACUGAAGCCACCGCUGCUGAGCCAGUCGCUGAGAGCUCUGCUGCUCCUGCGACUGCUGCUUCCGUCGAUGCAGCCCCUGCUGCUGGUGCCUCUGCUACUGAGGCAACUGCCACCACUCCUAGCACCAAUGCUACCCCAGGUCAGAAACAGUUCCCAGUUGGUCAAUUCAUCAACAAGAGUCUUAAACGUACCGUCACUCUUAUCAAGAAUGUCACCAACAACCUACGCUCCAACGUCAACACCGGUGUGCAUGGUGUCGGUAACACUCUCUCGCAGCAAAAGGACCGAGCCUCAAAACGCUUCAGCCGUGCUCCUCGUGCUGAGGCUGAGCCAGUAGCUACCGCUGUUGAACCCGAGUCGGUCACACCCGAAGUUGCCGCUCCUACACCAAACAACACCACAGCUGAAAUUGUUCCUGCAGCUGCACCUGCCGUUGAAGCAUAAUUGAGGCCCGCCUCGCAACAUGUCCUUCCACGCUGAUCACGAACCCCUUUACGACCAUACAUGAUUCCCAAGUCGUAGUUAUACCCACCCAUUUCACCGAUCUCACAAAGUCUAUUACGAAGUUUUAUACCAUACAUGAUCCCCUUACUAACUCUCGUAAUGCUUAUAUACCCUUUCUCUCCUCCUAUUUUCGUUGAUGCUUUUAUAUUCUCUUUUUUUUUGGAAAACUUACAUGUAUAUUGAUCUCAAAUCAUUUUUUUUUUCAUCAUCAUCAUCAUCAUCUUUUCGAUUCUCAUUUGAUUUCUUUUCCGGUUUCUUCUUCUCGUUGUUGUUUCUUCUCUUGUUCUUUGAAUUAAAGAUACGCUUCAACAUGGAAUUCGUGAACAGAAAUUCAUACCUUUUUUAUCUUUG